CACCCUGGUUAGUCCAAGUGUUGGGCAGUGUUGGGGCCCCCGUUGAGUUGUGGUGAAGUGAUCUCUUCAUAAGUUGGACGAGCUAGUUCAGCAGCAGCAGCAGCAGCAAUAAUAAUAAUAGUUGGCAAUAAAAGUAAAAAGUAGUGCACGAACCAUGAACCUUUAAGAGGGACGGGUCGCCGAAAUUAGUGACAUCAACGCCGCGCAAUGGCAGCGACGAACCGAAAUCGCAAAAAUAUUCUCACGCUGAACCAGCAGCAGCAGCCGCAGCAGCAGCAACAGCAUUAUCAGCCACAGCUGGCUCAACCGCAGCAUCCGCAUCAUCAUCAACUGAGCUACCAACAGCAGCAGCAGAGUCAGCAACAUGCAGAAGGACUUCCGAAGUCGUUCGUGGCUGCCAUGCGGACGCUGUUUGACAUCAUGGACGAUGGGAAAACCGGUUUCGUCAAGUUGGCCGACAUCGAGGAUCGCUGGCAGGACGACGGUUCCAAGGGGUUGCCCCGGGGCGUAAUUGACAGUCUGCGCAAGGUGACGCCCCCGAACGGAUUGCUCUCGUUCGAACGGUUCUGCAGCGGGCUCAAGAUCUGUCUGGUGCGGAAUCAGUCGGACUGUUCGGGGUCACCGCCGCCACCACCCCCUCCGUUGAGCAGACUGUCGUCCAAAGACAGCGAAAAGCUCCCACUAUCACCUUCGAAGCUUUCCGUGAGGCCACCAUCCGCCCCACUACUGGAUCUCGACUCCCCAAUCAAACUCCCUUGGACCAGUACCGCUCCAAACACGGCCACCGUGCGGCCAAACAACGCCAUGCCUGCACAGAAAACCCUCAGCAUGCCUCAGCUGCUCAACCCGGACAGUGAUCUCGAUAUGGUGCUCGAGUCUCCACCAAUUAUCCUGCCCGGAGGCACGUACGGGCCUCCCAAACCUCCGCGGGUCUCCCUGAACCUCGAGCGGAACCACCAACCCACCAACACCCAAAACGCCAGCAAUACCAACAGCAUGGACAAAGCGGAGAUCCGCAACGCCCUGCAAAACUGGCAAAUGUCCCUCCUCAUGAACGAGGACAAAACCCAGACGCGACUCACCCGAGGUCCAGCCGAUGGACAGAUUGAUCUGUCCAACGGUGGAGGUUCCCCAUCGUCCAGCAUGCACCUGUAUCAGAAGAAAACCAGCGGAUCGGGCGGAGGUACCCUGAGUCGGAGGAGGGAACCGCGAAGGCAUACGCUCCAGAACGGGAUCGACUACAGUAUGCUGAAGCGGUUGAAGCAGAUCGAACAGGAGAAGGACAUCCUGGUGCAGGGGCUGACGGCGGUGGAGAAGGCCCGUGAUUGGUAUCUCAAACAGCUGGCGAGCGUACAGGAUCGGCUCAAAUACCUCGGCCGGCCAGGGGCGCAUAUGGAACCCUGGACCGACGCCCACCAGGAACGGCUCGACCUGCAGCGUGCCCGCGUCCUCGAGGUGAACCGCCACCUGAUGACGCUGGCCGAAAGUUGGGAACGGGGUGGCUUCCCGCUGCACAUGAACCUCGCCCUGCGACCCCCGACGUUGGCCUACCCUCAUCACCAAGCGCAGGCCCCACAACCACCCCAGCGACCUCAGGGUCAAACGGCCAGCACCGGUGGCGGUCAACAGACAACGGAGACGGUCAACCGGCUGAAGCAGCAGAACUUUCAACUGUCGGAGGAAAUCAACCAGAAAAAUGAAAAGUUGUCCCUGUUGGAGCGGGAAAAGUCCUCGCUCAUCCGGGAGUUGCUGCAGCUUCAGCGGGUCAACCGGGCCAGCAGCAUGACUUCCAACACCGAAGAGUUGGUGUUUUAGCAUCCGGAAGUGAUGCGGCCAUUACAGAUUUCGAACUGCGUUUUGCACCUUGUUGUUUUGAUUCUUUGCCCUAGUCAGGUAGCACAGAUUUAGAGGAGUUAAGAGUUUGAGGACACUUUGACGGGUGCGGCAGUUUUAGAGCAUUUACAGCCAAGUGUGAUUUUAAUUAGGAGAUAUGAGGUGUGUUCGCGUCAAAAUUGUACAGCAUAGAGAAAAUUUGUUAAAUAAAGUGAACUUGAAG